GUCCACAAGGUAUCCGUAACCCUCUCUCCUCCAAGUGGUGGGCAGCUUUCACACAUUUAUGGACGUUUGCAGAGAUGGCUGGAACCAAGAAAAAGUUUGUGGAAAUUGAUAUAAUUGCAGACACUGUGUGUCCAUGGUGCUUUGUGGGCAAAAGAAACCUUGACAAAGCUCUGGAGGAAGGUAAUGAUCGAUACGAGUUUGAGCUCAGAUGGCAUCCAUUUCAAAUUGAUCCUGAAAUCCCUAAAGAAGGCACUUACAAGAAAGAGUUUUAUGAUACAAAGAUGGGCGCUGAUGUGGCUGAAGUGUUUGAGACCCGUAUGGCAGAUAUCUUUUCAAACCAUGACAUGACCUAUAAGAUCGAUGGACUCACGGGAAAUACUAUUGAGAGUCACAGGCUUAUAUAUUUUGCUGGGCUGCAGGAUCGUGAUAAGCAGCAUGAUCUUGUGGAUGAGAUCUGUCUUGGAUAUUUCACAGAUGGGAGAUUCAUUGGGGACAGGGAUUAUCUUCUGAAAUGUGCUGAAAAGAUUGAAAUAGAAGGGGCAGCAGAGUUUCUUGAUGACCCCAACAAUGGGCUCACUGAGGUCAGGGAAGAGCUUAAGAAGUACUCAGAAGUAAAAGGAAUCCCAUAUUUUGUGAUCAAUGGAAAGGAAGAAUUUGCUGGUGCCCAACCAACUGAGGUCUUCCUAGCUGCUUUUGAAGCAGCUACAAAAUGAUACAACUUCACAUCAGCAUUCACUCUCUAGCUCCAAUAAGAAUGCAAACCUUGGAAAUAUGUUUUAAAUGCUGACUAAUUUCCUUUUGUUAAACAAUUUUGUAUGUUGUGUUAUUAGAGUGUAAUCGGAAUCAUUGAUUAGGUGAAAUCAUAUUUGAAUAUGCGAUCUUGAUUCACAGUCUAGUGACAUAUUAGAUAUCCGGCAAGAGAACAUUCAUCUCGAUACAACUAUCCUAAUGUGUAUCCCUUUUUAUCCUGCUUUUACAUAUAUUGUAUGGGCAAAUAUACAGACAUAUCUCAAUCCUUGUGUUGUUGAGACAAAUAAUUUGGACAAUGUUGUUCAGUCUUU